CAUACCACUGUAUCCUCGAUAGAAAGACAGCAUGAACACAGAGAAGGGGUCAGUAUAUGCCCUGCUUCUUCUUUUUCUACUUCAGGGAAGUACUGGCUUGGACAUCCUAAGCCAAAACAAUACCAUCAGAGACGGCAAUCUCUUGGUCUCCAGCGGUAAAAGGUUCGCUCUCGGUUUCUUCAGCCCAGGUAAUUCUAGCCACCGUUAUGUCGGAAUUUGGUAUUACCAAGUUUCUGAGCAAACCAUUGUUUGGGUUGCUAACCGAGAGAGGCCAAUCAAUGGCACUUCAGGAGCCCUUUCGAUUGAUUCUGAUGGAAAGUUGGUGCUCCAUGAGAAUGGAAGCUUUCUUGUUUGGUCCACAAAUGUUUCUUCUGCAUUGUCCAAUUAUUCUACUACAGCCCGGCUUAUGGAUUCAGGCAAUCUAGUCCUGGUUCAAGAUUUUAGCGAAAGGGUGAUAUGGCAAAGCUUUGAUUAUCCAACAGACACUAUGCUUCCUUUCAUGAAACUUGGGUUGAACCGCAAAACCGGUUUGAACCGGUUCCUAACAUCAUGGAAGUCCCCAGAGAAUCCGACACCUGGCAAUUGCUCCUAUAGGAUCGACCCAACGGGCUACACUCAAUUGCUUCUGUACAAGGACGGGGAUCCAUAUUGGCGUGCUGGGUCAUGGACUGGAGAUCGGUGGAGCGGUAUACCUGAAAUGACUCAUUCUUUCAUCUUUAACGUAAGCUUUGUAAAUGACCCAGACGAGGUUUCUAUAAUGUAUGGCGUCAUUGACGCAUCGAUCAUCACCAGAAUGGUGGUGAGCGAAUCGGGGUCACUCCGACGAUCCACAUGGCACGACAGAGACCAGCGGUGGAUAGAAUUCUGGUACGCUCCAAAGGACCAGUGCGAUUAUUACGGCAGGUGUGGACCCAACAGCAACUGCAAUCCAUACGAUACGGGCCAGUUCGAGUGCACAUGCCUGCCAGGGUUCGAGCCCAAGUCCCCGACUGAUUGGGACCUUAGAGAUGGAUCGGCAGGGUGCGUAAGGAGGGGAGGGGUGUCAGUGUGUCGAAGUGGGGAAGGAUUCGUUAAGGUGGCACGUGUGAAGGUGCCGGACACUACAAAAGCACGUGCCAACAUGAGCUUGAACUUGAAGGAGUGCAAGGAGGAAUGCCUGAGGGAUUGCUCUUGCACAGCUUAUGCUAGUGCCAGUGAGAGCCUGGGAGGUUCCGGGUGCCUCAUGUGGCAUGGCUAUUUACUCGAUACAAGAACAUUUGCACAUUUGGGUCAAGAUUUAUAUGUACGGGUUGAUGCCAUCGCGUUAGCUCGUUACAGGAAAACAAGAUCCCUCAACCAAAAGACGUCGGCUGCAAUAAUUUUGGUUUCGAUUUUGACAGCUCUACUGCUCGCCGGCUCCUUCUCGUACUGCCUGGUGAUCAAGAAGAGAAAGGAUUGCAGAAGCCAUAAUCCACCGGUGAGCGAUAUUACCAAUUCGACAUAUCUCGAUGGCCCUCAGAGUGUAAAAGACCACGAUGACAGACCCAGAGGAAACAGAGAUGUGCCGCUUUAUGAUCUGAGCACCAUAGCUUCGGCAACAAACAAUUUCUCCGUCCUCAAUAAGCUUGGUCAAGGCGGUUUUGGAUCAGUAUACAAGGGCGUUAUGGACAAUGGAACCGAAAUAGCUGUCAAAAGACUAUCGAAACUUUCAGGACAAGGAGCUGAAGAAUUUAAAAACGAAGUCCGGUUGAUUGCGAAGCUCCAACAUCGGAACCUGGUGAGAAUACUAGGCUGCUGUGUCGAAGAAGACGAGAAAAUGCUAAUUUACGAAUAUUUGCCAAACAAAAGCUUGGAUGCCUUCCUUUUCGACAAAACGAGAACAUCGUUGCUGGAUUGGAGAAAACGGUUCGAAAUCGCAUCUGGAUUGGCUCGUGGACUUUUGUACUUGCACCAAGAUUCGAGGCUCAGGAUCAUCCACCGAGACUUAAAGGCCAGCAAUGUCCUACUGGAUGAAGCAAUGAAUCCAAAGAUAUCAGAUUUUGGUAUGGCUAGGAUAUGCGGCGCAGACCAAAUCCAAGGAAACACAAAUCGUGUAGUUGGAACAUAUGGGUACAUGUCGCCAGAGUACGCAAUGGAAGGUAUAUUUUCGAUAAAAUCUGAUGUCUAUAGUUUCGGAGUUUUGCUGUUGGAGAUCAUAAGUGGCAAAAGGAACAGUGCAUAUUACCAUGAAAAUCCAUCUUCCAAUUUGGUAGGCCAUGCAUGGGAGCUAUGGAAAGAAGGGAACUGCGAGGACGUUAUCGACGAGUCGAUGGGUGAUUCAUGCUCCAAAGAGGAGGCCUUGAGGUGCAUCCAGAUUGGUCUUUUGUGCGUGCAAGAAUUCGCGGACGAUAGGCCGAACAUGUCCGCCGUUGUGCUCAUGUUGGCAAAUAACGAUGUGGCUCUUGCAUUCCCGAAACGACCGGCAUACGUUUUCAAGAGAAAGUACCAUGGCGCGAAUCUAUCGUCAAGCGACGGGACGACUUCUAUGAAUGACGUUACGAUUUCGGAGGUCGAAGGCCGCUAGUUUUGCCGUUCUCUUGCCCUAAAUUAGUUAUAUAACAAAAUCUCUUUAAAACACUAGCAGUUUAUGCAAGUAUUGGGGACUGGAAUUCCAACACUGUGUUCAUGAUGUUUGGUAUGAUUUGGAAACUGCAAAUUGCACGAUGCUUCUUUUUUAGUUAACGUUGAUAAUUCCCUU